CCCGAGAUCCUUUCCAUGAUCCACGUACACAGGCAUACUCCAUUGCCAGCUGUCAUUGUUUUGCAACCUCUAACAAUGGUAAUGCUUUUCACUGGGGAUAUCUACAGCCUUUUGAAUUUCCUGAGCUUUCCUCGAUGGCUUUUUAUUGGCCUAUCUGUUGCUGGACUCAUUUAUCUGCGAUACAAACGACCUGAGAUGCAUCGCCCUUUCAAGGUUCCCAUUUUUAUUCCAGCAUUGUUUUCCUUCACCUGCCUAUUUAUGAUUACUCUGUCAUUAUAUUCAGAACCUUUAAGCACU